AUGGACAUGUCACAAUCAAAUAAAAGCCUUUUAUCGCCGAUUGCUUUCCUCCAGCGGCAUCCACAGCAUUUGAGAUUUCCACAAAUUUGCAAAGUGCAAACUCCAAUUCUCCAACCUUCGCUGCACUGUCUGCUCUUCAUUGUUUCAUCUCGUAUGGCCCAUUUCAGGCAUGGUUGCUUGGCUGACUCUAUGGUUAGGUUGUAUCUGGCCCAGGCUCUAAGGAGAUUUACAAUCCAUCGGCUCCCCACAACCAGCUGGUUCACCAUUGGGCACCACCGCUUAAACCCGCAAAGUUGGAGCUCUCGCAAAACAGAAAUGGCCUCCUCAAUCACCGAAGAACUCCCAAAAUUCACCGCUGAAACUCUCAAGCUCGCUGCAAAACAAUCUCAGCGCUGCCACGUUGUCCCUGUCCGCCUCCGUCGUGCCAUAAAAAUGUACAUCCGAGACCAAGAUGUUGAGCAUAUGAGGAGAAAGGUGUUGAGUUUGUCGCAGUCAUUCAACGAAAUCAAAGAGGUGAAUUUGCUUUUGCCGACCAUGAGUUCAAAGGGCCUGGUAGAAGAUCCACUCAAAUCUAUGGAACAGUCUGAGAGGUGGAAAGUAAAAACUGCUUAUGGUGAUAUUGGACUGAGUUAUCAGGAGGAUCAGACCAUUGCUUACUUGGCGGCACGAAUGCCUGCUGUUUACUCUGCUCUCUAUCAAAUGCAUUUAUCUAUGUGUAAGGAGAAGAGUGCCAAAAUUUACGCCAGCUAA